UCCUAUGAAUAACGUGGCGGGACCUCACUGUGUACUCCACGCACCUUUCAACAGUAUAUCUACGGAAUCUUAGGGAACUCAUUUUGGUUGUUUUUUCCCCCCUUCACUAUAGACAUGCCUUUCCAUAAACGCACAAUAGACCCUGAGAACUUAUGUCGGGUAAAGCCGGGACCUCUCGAACCUGGGGCAACACAGUCUCACAUCGAGCUAGGCUCACAGUUAUGGACAUCCCUGGAUGAUGUGAGCUGUAGAAGUCUGAGGAACAUCCUGCAGCAGCUCUCUGAUCUCUCCCGCCAUGCGUGCAGCAUCUUCCUGGAGAUCCAGAGCGAAGCGGCUGCAGUCAUCCAGAGGAGCGCAGCGCUGCAGAGGAGACUGGAGGCUCUACAGCACACAGCGCGAGGACUCGACCACAGGAGGAUACGAAUCCCUGUGUCCAGUUUAGAUGAGGAAAGCAAGUGGUCAGUGCAUUACACAGCACCCUGGCAUCAGCAGGAGAAUGUAUUCCUGCCAGGGAGCAGACCACCAUGUGUGGAGGACCUGCACUGCCAGGCCAAGGUCAACCUGAGGACUGUUCUCAGAGAAUGUGAUAAGCUGAGGAAAGAUGGCUUACGUAGUUCUCAGUACUACUCUCAAAGCCCAACAUUUACCUCACCUCUCCUAUCUGAUGGUGGUGGGCAACUGGACCAAGAUGAGAUGCGGAAGAAAAAAAAGUCAUCAGAAACAUCAGCUGAAGAAGAGAAGCUAGUAUGCUCCUUCCAGCCACAGACCCCUUUGCUGGAUAACAUCGGUGAUAUAACCCAGCCUAACAGCUGGAGUAAAUGUCUCCCCUUACCAACACCAGAAGAAAAGAUGAGGCAGCAAGCAGAGUCUGUGAGCACUGACAUCGUCCCCAUCAACAUCACAGGGGAAAACUUUGACCGGCAAGCAAGUUUUCGCCGUACCAUAAUUAACACUGACACUAUAAUACGGAGGUCAAAAAGGGUGAAACGAAGAAAGACAAUAACAGGAGUUCCAGACAGCAUCAAAAGAGAAUUGGCAAGCAAUGAACAAACUGCCAUCAGUUCUCAGUCCAUGUACAUAACAGGUCAAUACUCCACCCUUGGCCAUGUAGGGAGCAUGAACUCAUCUCUCAAGCAUUUAGUCACCCGUGACUCUGGAUGCCAAACAGAUGAUGUAAAGUUUGUACCUCCCUCGAUGCGAAGAAUCCGUUCACAGCGAAGCCAUGGCCUUGCUACUCAAAUGGCAAACUUGUCUCUCUCAUCUUCUGGUAGCAUCUCCACCAUGAGUGAUGGCAGUGGUGCUAUUUGUCCUGGUCAACUCAAUGCAAGUGACCAAAGUUUUCACAGUCUGCCUCGUCAGGGUGCUCGAAUUUGUCUUCAAAAUCUUGAGGCCAAUUGCAACAGUUCAACAUACUUGACCAUCACUGGCUCCACAAUUUCCUUACCCUACCAGGUUACCACGCAGCAUUCCAGCCCAGACUCUCAACACAUGCCUGAUUUAAGAAAAAACACAUCAGUUUGUGCCAUGUUUGAUACAUUUUAUGAUAUUCAGAAUAAAUGUCAGAAUGCAAUUUCAGGCUGCAUGGUUUCAAGUCACAAUAGUAGCACAUACUCCUUGAAUGCUGGCGUUGUUUUGCAGAAUACCAGAAACCUUAGUUCUGUCCACUCAUCACAAAGCUUUGACUCAGAUGAAACCCCAGUACAUCCUAUGCCAUCCUGCCCCUCAGAACAUCCUUUUAGCAGUAGUGGUACCUCUUGUUCUGCUAAUUCCUCCUCCUGCCAUUCCCCAGCCUCCCUCCGCGUAGCUACAGAGACCGAGUCACAAUGUAGUACACUUAAUGGAAGGGACUACAGUCCCACUGAUGUCUAUGAAGACUCUGAUAUGUCGGAGAGUAGCAUUCAUAGCUGCAGCACACUAACCACUGACCACUGGAUGUAUAAAUCUGUUCCCCUUGACCAAUGUACCUCAAGCUGUUCUUCCCCCAUUGGUAAUGUUUGUCUUGACCAUUCAGCCAAAAUGACAGACUCCAUCUCAUUGGUUUCUAUUGAUACUAAGGGAUGCUAUAACUCUAUGAAUUUGGCACCAAAUUGUAAAUCAUACAGUCAUAGUUGCAUCAACAUAGCAAGUAAUGCAAGGCACAAUUUUUAUGAAUGCAAAGAGCACCACAGUCAUGAUGACCGUGCAAGCCUGCACAGUAAUCAAUCUCUAACCCGCAGCAUUUCUCUGCGGAAAGCCAAAAAGCCCCCACUCCCUCCCAAAAGGACUGACUCAUUGCAUUGCAAACCACAGCGAAAACCACACCACAACGUGAAGCUCCUUAAUGAUCACCUGAUCUCUUGUCUCCAUGAACCACAGAAAAGCCAUAGUGUUUCAUACUCUAGCCAGAUCCCCUUUAGUGGAUUAGAAGACCCUUGGGUACUGGGUCCCAGAAGCCAGAGCUCAGUUAGUGUAGCAAGCAGUGGAAUGUCAGCACCAGCUGCCAUGUGUCCAACCACACCCAUACACAGUGACAGCAGCAGUCAGCACUCAGAAUACACUGAGUCAUGGGACUUUCAAAUGGAUUUUCCCCAAUCUUGCUCAGAACAUGAGGCAUCCCCUCAAAUUAUGAGGCCUGUGCUUACCAGCGAGGAUUCAAAAGGCUCGGACAGUUAUGGAAUUCAAUUAACUGCCUGCAUCGCAACUGGCAUAAAUACCAAUAUGCCUGCAUCGCCAGACAAAGUUCAACUUAUGACUUCACCAUCUAGUGGUUAUUCAAGUCAGUCCAUUACUCCUACUGCAGGAACCCCAGUAAUAUCACUUCUGAGAGCCAAAACACCAUCAGGAAGGCCCAAACCAAAGGUCCCAGAGAGAAAGUCCUCACUGCGAUCCUCGGUUUCCUCAUAUUCUACACUCAGGUCCUCAAACACAUCAGACUCUGUCAAAAGCCUUCCAACACCCCCACCUCUGCCUAAGACAUUGCCUGGCUUCGUCAGGCUUCAGUCUAGUUCAACUAGCCCUAUUCCCAGUCAUGUCUCUCCAAUCACACCAGUACAAUCUCCACUGGCUACAACCCCUUAUUCUGAGGAAAGGCAAAGUUCUACCCCAGUGACAUCCAUAAAAACACAAGAAUGUAAGACAGCCAUAAGCAUUUCUCCUGGUUCUCCAUCACAAAUAUCAGAAGUCUCAUCUUCUCUGGUGUUGAUUGAAAAUAAAAUGAGUCCCCUAUCACUCCCACCACCUCUUCUACUUCAGCUUUCAUCAAGUGUUCACACUGAAUCUCUUACCUCACCUUUACUUGGGACAGGUUUACAACCAGCACCAAUUUUAAAAGCAACAAAUUCUUUCUCAUCAUUGAAUACAAUGGAAAAUGGAAAAGAACUAAACUUUAAGCAAACAGACAAACCUGCAAUACAUGAGAGGCCAGUAAUCACUGCCCAGGCUCUUCAGAGGGUACAACUUCGUCCAAUAAAGCUUAUGAAUUUGGAAAACAUUUUCACAGAUAUCAUUACAACAGUGUGUGGCCCAGAGAACCAAGAGCAUAACAAGGAGCCAGGAACUAGUGCAGACAAACCUGUACAAAAAGAGCUUGUCAAAAAUGUUAUUACAGUUGACUCUGUACGGUCACUUCAGAAUGGUAUGCAUACAUCAGAUUUUCCUUCGAAGGAGUCCGCACAUACCAUUUUGGUCUCUAAUCCAGCCCUUGUUUCUCAUGAACUAGCCAGAAAUACCCACUCUAAUGAGAACAUUCUAGAUCUUUCACCUGACACUGGACCUCCAAACAAAACUUCUGCCGAUGGUUUACAGUCCACAGUUACUCCAUGUACACCUAAGGGUACACAGCCAGAACAGAGAUCUCCAAUAUCACCUAAAAAGUCCAAUUACACUCUGGUUUUGCCACACAUCUUGCACCAAUCUGCUUUGAAUGGUCUUGAGGAUCUUGAAGUUACUGACAGAGCAAUGUCUUUAGAGCCAGAGACCCUAAAAAGUACAUCUCUGACUGAUGCUGUUAAUCAGCAUGAGAUUUCACUACAACUAGAGUUUGAAGUUGAAAGUGAUUCUCAAAAUUCUACUCCUGUAAGUCCAAGAAGACACUCGCUCAGCAGUGAUGUCUCUUCAGACAGUCUGACUGAUACUAACCUCACUGGUCUGACUCUAAGUGACCAAGACUUUGGAUUGUGUGAUACAGAUCUUGGAUUGUCUGAUAAAGAUCUCAUGCUAAGCGAUGAUAAGGGCAUUACAGACGAUAGUUUAAGUAGCAGCUCAGGAUCGGUCAUCUUCAAGGAGGAAGAAAAUUAUGAAAAUGAUGCUGUGUUUGACUCUGGAACCGAUAGCUCCUCUCCAACAUUUAGCAGUACUGGAGAAGAUAUUGAGGAAAUGAUGACGCCUACACGUUCACGCACUACUGAUGACCUAUUUGCAGCCAUCCACAGGUCAAAGAGGAAGGUUCUGGGUCGUUGCGAGUCUGAGGAAGAACACUCUCGUGCUUCCAUUUCCUCCCUGCCCAUCACGCCCACAAGUUCCAGCCCGAGCAUUUCUUGGAUGCACCGUCAGAGCAGCUCCAUCCAGCGUAGGCUUCGCCGUUCCACCACCAGCAAUGACAGCUUCAAAGCCCUGCUCCUGAAGAAAGGCAGCCGUUCAGAGCCUGGCUUCCGAAUGUCUGCUAUGGAGAUGUUAAAAUCCACUGACCCUCGGCUACAGAGACCCAACACAGAGGCCUCUUCUCCCUUUUUAGUUCAGUGCACCUCCCCAGGAAGAAGCAGGAGAGCAUCUGAGGAGUGGGCACGUACAGAGGGUGCUUUACCUCGUCUUUCACCCUCGCUAACACACUCCAAAUACGGGCGCUCCAGUACUCCACCUUGUGCUGCUAGCAGCCGGUAUAACUCCCGCAGUCGCAUCCCUAGUGGGCCCAUGACUGUGAUAUGUGAGCGGGAAGGGGAGCAGACAGAGUCAGUAGACUGCUACAACAUUCCUUUCCCUGUGUCACUGUCCUCCAGUGGAACAGUGUGCGCUCAGGGCAGCACUUAGACCAAAACACUUUUAACCAUCUUGGAGAUCCUUUUCAACAACUAACAACCAAAGAAAAAAUGGUUGUACAUCCAUGACUAGAGAGCACUAAUUUCUUGCUUGCUGCACACGCUUGUACCGGCCUGCUUUAGCCAAAGAGAGAGAGAGAUGGGAAAGUGGAGGGGAUUCUACCACUAUAGUUUCAAUUUUUUUUUUAUAAAAUGCCUUUUGAUUUUUCACAUGAAAAUUUCAUUGGUUCACUGAAUCUUACCUGAGAAUUACUCAUAUUUCCAUGCCUUCUGUUUCUGCAGGUUAGGAAAAGCAGGACAAAUGAAUGUUUAAUUUUUAAAUCAUCUGAGGGAGGGAUUUAGCGGAAAGGAGAGAGGUUUCGGUAAUGGCUUGUUAUUGGCAAGUGGAUAUAUCUAAACAGCACAUCCUACCAACACAUCAUCGUGGUUUCAAGCUAAAGAAUGUUGGGUCUAAAGGGAAGUAUGUUUAAGAGGGCUUAAGUUGACAUGAGAGCACAAAUAAUUGUUGAAGCAAAGUUGUUGAAGAAUGUAUAUGGAGAUGUGUAACCAUGAUCAGAUUAAAUAAGAUGUUUUGGAUGUAUUUAGAAUGAGUGAAUUCAGCAAUGUAGAUUUGCACUACAUUUCAAAUGCUAAUUUCUAUUUUGUCCAACAAUUUUUAGUUUAUAAAGAAUGCUUUUGAAUGGGCACAUGUUCAACACAUGCUUUAGAAUCUUUUUUUCUUAAACAAAAAAAGAAAGGUAUAAUCUAAACAAGUACUCUUAAUCUUCUGUACUUUACUAGUAAGAAAAUAAUACAGGUGCUACAAGCUCAAUAUCAUAAAUGGUGCAUACUCAGACUGCUUAGGUUAAAACAAAUAUAUUGCUCUUACUGGCCCUUAGUGGAAAAUUUUUACAUUUGUAUUAAUGUUACUUUGGCGGUACUGUGUAGUACGGAAACUUUGAAGUGCAAAACAAAUGAACAAAAAAUGCAACAGGAUCAAAAGUAAAGUAAUGGUUAAGGGAAAAAAAUACAAUUCAUUAAACAGUAUGCAAAACAGUAUGGAAUGCAAAACCCAACAAAUUUAAAGAGCAAAUCAAAGAACAUUAAUAAAAUAAUGAUAAUAAAAAAAAUCAUAUAGCAAAUAUAAAACCCAUAUUCAAAACCACUAAAACAAAUCUAUAGACACAAUAAUAAAUCAGCAAACGGUGGCAGUAAUUUGCAUUAUUCUAAUUGAUCAAAUAUAAUUGCAGAUUAUUUGGGUACCUGCUGAUGAUACACUUACUGGUGACAACAGAUCUUAAUACACUGCCUGGCCACAAAAAAAAAAAAAAAAAAAAAAGGUAACCACCUGAAUUUAACUGGGCAAAUAGUUAAGAGCCUUUCUUUGGAUAAUUACUGCAGCGAUUAAUAUGUUUCAGUUGGCAACAGUUUAUGGAACCGUAGCUGAUGCAGUGAGAAUCUUAUCAUUUCUUAAACAACCAUUUCAGAAUGUCACAAUGCGAAGAGAAUUUAAGGGAUUGGUACAGUACUAAAAAGCUGUACAGCCUUAAGAAAUCCACUUAUCUGUGAGACUUGCAGUAUUUACCCUGUUCCACAAUGAUGGGUGCAUUGGGGUAAGAAUGAGGCGAAUCAAGCGAUGAAGCCAUCUGUACAAGCUUGUGGGGCAGUGUUAUGAUCUGGGGUUGCUUCAGUUGGUCUGGAACUAAACGUUCGGCAACGUUAUGUGCCCAAAAAAUGCUGUCCCCAAAAUUAGAUAACUACAUGAAUAUACUAAAUGACCAGAUUUGUUCAUCAAUUAAUUUUUUUCUUCCCUGAUGGCCUGGGCAUAUUCCAAGAUAACGAUGUCAGGAAUUAUCAAAUUGUGAAAAAGCAGUUCAUGGAGCAUAAAACAUAAUUUUCACACAUGGAUUGGCCACCACAGAGUCCAGACCUUAAUCCCAAAGAAUCUUUGAAAUGUGCUGGAGAAACCCUUACACAGCAGUUUGACUCUUCCAUUAAUACAAGAUCUUGGAAAGAAAUUUAUGCAAGAAAUUUAUGCAACUCUGGACUGAAAUAAAUGUUGCAUAAGAUUACCGAAACGAUUACAUGGCUGUCAUAAAGGCAAAAGGCAUCCAAAAAAAGUUUGAGUGUGAGACUCUUUUUUUUGGCCGGGAAAUGCAUUAGAUCAUAUGGCUGUAUUCAUCCUAAAUACCUUCUUCAUUAUGGGCACAUACAGUACAUACCUACAGUAAGUUGAAGAAGAAAAAAACUGAAACUCCUGGAGGAAACAUGUCACUGCAGGAGUGCCGGCAGCCAAAAUCCUGCACGCACUGUGUAAACAUUUUAAAGUACAUUCAAAUGAUCUGACCAAUAAAUAUUUUCACAUUAUUUCAAGAUAUUUUUUAUGGUAUAACAUAAAAAUAUAUUUUCUUGAAAUACCAUAAAAUAAUCAUUUUAUGUUAUAAUUAAUAAAAAAAAAUUUUUUAAUGUAAAAAACACCUUGUUUUACCGAACAUUUUACAUUAUUAUUACACAGCAAUUUAACUCUAUUCCAUUCUUUCUUGCUAAAUGUAUAAAUAGCCAUAUUGUAUGUGCAUGCACUGCACCUAGACAUUAAAAGGUAGCAUACAAACGGGUGGGUGGUUUUGGUGCGUACUAUAAUAUAUAAUUCUGCUGGCACCCCUGAGGCACUGUGGGAACAUGUGACACUCAACACAGACAGUAACCCACUGUAGCACUUUGCCACCCUCGUAUGAAAGCUUUAAAAAUAAAUGGGUACAGUAUAGUAUAGUAGGUGCACUUACUGAAAUACCCAAAUAUCUUAUUUAUCUACUGUAUGGGUAAUUUCCUAUUUGAGAAUUGACUUGAUUUUUUUCCUCAAGAUUUUUUACUUUUUGUUUUUUUUCCAAUCUGAUGCUGUGGUACUAAAAUUGUUCAUUUAUUUUGCACUUCAGGGCUUUUACCUUAAAGCCUUGUAUAUUCUAUUCGUUCUAGCUCAAGGACAGUUUACCAUAGGUGCAGUAGUCUGAGAAUAUAAAAUUACAGUUGUUGGGGUGAAAUCUAUGACCAAGUCUUUUCACUGCAAUAAAGAAUGUUGAGCAAUGAA